AAUACUAGGAUGACUGAAAAAAAGUAUUCAAUUGUUGAAUUUGAAGAUGGGGUCCAAAUUAUUCCAAAUAAUUGGUUUACCGCAGAUUUAAAACAAGCUUAUUGGCCACAUUAUACAACUAAUCAACGAUAUGAUACAGCAGUUAAACUAAUGGAACCGCCAAAAUCUACAUGGUUGAAACACCCAGUCAACAAAAUAUUCAGGACAUUUUCUUGCUAUGAAAAAGCGAGGAAAAAAUUAAAGGAUGUCGAAGACUUAUCAGAUAUAAAUUCUUGUACUGAAACAGAAGCCUAUUUAAAAAAAUCACGAAAAAUUAGAGCCGCUAAAGUAGUGACUGACUCAUCAUCAAAUAGUAGUGAUGAAUUUUCUGAAGCAGACCAAAUAUUCAAAGAUAUACCAAAAGUUCCGAAGAAAGAAAAAACGACUACACAUACUAAAAUAAAAACAGUUAUGAAAAAUGGAAAUGCGAAUGUCUCUUGUGCAAAAGAAAAACAAGUUAAAAUAAAUAAAAAUAAGUAUGUAAUGGAAGAUUUCGAACCGGGCUCUAAAAAAAUUAUAAAUGAAGAUCCCCAUAUGAUCAAUCACAGUGCAAGAUCAUUUUGAUUCUGUCGCGAAAGCAGCCGCAGUAAGAUAACUAAUGUAUACCUAUAUAUUAUAUGCAUUAUAUACUUCAAUUUUAUACUUUACUUUCGUAUAUUAUUAUAGUACGCAUUA